AUGAUUGCUGUUUUUCAACAGGACGGCAAUAUGAUGCUGCGCUUGCAAGAUUUCACAAUUGCAAUCAGUACGUGCACGAAGGCUGCACAUUGGCAGAUGGCAUUGGCUUUGUUUCGUGGCAUGCCUAAGGCAUCAAUCACCCCCAAAGUGGUAAGCUAUAACGCUACCAUCAGCUCCUGUGAGAAAGGCUCGCAGUGGCAAGUGGCGCUGCAGCUUUUCGAGGAGAUACCACAAGUGAAGCUUGUACCUGAUGUGAUUAGCUACAAUGCCACCAUCAGCUCUUGUCAGAAAGAUGGGCAGUGGCUUCCUGCACUAAAGCUGUUCAAAUCUAUGGCAGAGGUUGUGGUUAUAGCGGAUGCUAUUACAUACAAUGCUACGGUUAGCUCCUGUGGAAAGUCCGGGCAGUGGCAGUUGGUCCUGUAUCUGCUUGAGGAUAUGCCAAAAGCCAAGAUUGCAGCCGACAUCAUCGGCUACACCGCCGCCAUCAACGCUUGUGAGAAGGGGAAGCAAUGGCAAUGGGCCCUACGCUUGUCUACGGCCAUUCGUGAAGCAAAGCUCCCUGCGGAUGUCAUGAGCAGCAAUGCCACCAUUAGCUCUGUGGGCAAAGCUGGGCAGUGGGAGUUAGCAAUACACUUGUUCAGCGCAAUGCCGAAGUGGAGAUUGCCUGCAACGGUCAUCAGCUACAAUGCAGUCAUCAGCUCCUGUGAGAAAGGUCAGCAAUGGACUUGGGCUGUGCAUUUUCUUUACAGCAUGUCGGACGCUGAAGUGACUGCUGAUGUCAUCAGCUAUAAUGCCACUAUCAGCUGUUGCGCAAGGAGCGCCCGAUGGCAACUGGCUAUAUACUUGUUGGAUGUUAUGCCUGAAGCGGACCUUUUGCCGAAUGUCAUAAGCUUCAAUGGUGCCAUAAGCUCCUGUGAGAAAGGUCGGCAAUGGCAGCUGGCGGUGGGACUUCUCAAAGCAAUGCCGAAGGCCAGACUCUUGCCGAAUGUCAUUAGCUACAAUGCCACAAUCAGUUCGUGUGAGAAAGGCGCGCAGUGGCAGUUGGCAUUGGGUUUGCUGCACACCAUGCCCGACGAAAGCCUUGCGGCUGAUGUCAUAAGCUACAGUGCUGCCAUCAGCUCCUGCGAGAAGGACGAACAAUGGCAAUGGGCGCUUCAGCUGUUCACCGCUAUGGACGGAGCAACGCUUGACCCAGAGAUUAUCAGCUACAACGCUGUCAUCAGCUCGUGCGAGAAUGGUCGGAAGUGGAAGCUGGCGACGCACCUCUUUGCUCGAAUGCCCCACGCUAAAGUCGUCAGAGAUAUCAUCAGCUACAAUGCCACGAUCAGUUCUUCUGCGCGAGGGAGCCAGUGGCAACUAGCUACACACCUCCACCAUGAGCUGCACCAAGACAUGCUUCAUGCUGAUGCCGUCAGCUACAAUGCCACCACGAGCGCCUGUGUUCAGGCGGCGAAGUGGCAGCUCAAUGUUCACUUUCUGGAUGCCAUGAAGCAGCACGUAGUUGCUCCCCAUGUCAUCAGCUACGAUGCAGUGCUCAGCGCUUGCGAGAAGAGUGGCCACUGUCAGGUCACCUUACAGGUUGUCGAGUCCGUCCAUUUAGAUGCUGUUGUGGCUGAUGUGUUCCUGGACGCUGCGGUAUUGGAAUCUGUCUACAGCAAGCUGCAAGGCUAUGGCAUAGCAACGCAAGCGCGAGAAGCUCGAGUUUUUGGAGGCCAUGCGAUGGGCUUCACAUCGCCCGUUGUGCGGAGCUGGCUUUCGGCAACACUGCCACCGCAGCCACGCAAUGCGAAGGGGCAUUGCAGGGGGUAA